GUUCAAGGCCGCUAAAACGAAACGGCGGGCGGCCUUAAAAUUCGUGUCAUCCUUCUUCACUCGUUUUGCUAUGAGAGAACACAAAAGGGCUGCCAUUCCAUCGGGUGAUCUUAUUUCGUUGGGAAGCAAAUCAAAGAAGGUUUCUGUUUCACAUGGAAAUCCUGCCAAAAAGACUAAAACUCAAUCAAUAGAAGUUGAUCCCUCCGAAUUAGUUACUCGAGUGGAAGCGGCUUUGUCUGCCAAUGAUAAUAAUCUGGUAGAAUUUCUAGUAUCUUCAGCACUGAAUCAAUUAAAAACUAGUUCUGGGCAUGUCCAUAGUGGCUUAGGUUCACGAUUAUUGCCAGGUAUUUCACUCGGCCUCUUGGUACUAGCACAGGAUCAUCCAAAUGUGUUUAUUCGGCCUACUGUUUUGGACCAACUUAUCUUGAUUUUGUCUCUUAGUCCACGAGAACUUGGAAUAUCCCUACCUUCGGCUGCUAUCACAACGAUCAUGGCCCGAAUUCGUGGACUUCAUGUUCUUAUCGCAAAUAUACUGUAUUUAGCCUUGAGCAGUCAAGCAAAAUGGCCUUCAAAGUUAGUAAAGGUUUACUUAGAAGAUAGUUUAGCCAACCGAGUUUGGGUCGAUCAGGAUGAAUGUCGGUUGUUUGUACUAAAUUUGGAAACCGUAUUUCCAAAAACGUUUGGUGAUCCACGAGGUUUAUUUUCAAUUCUAUUGUCGAAUCAAAAUGGAUCAAUUGGAUCUAACCAAUCUGGUGGCAGUGCCAACUGCUCAACAAGUACACCAUCAGCGAAUGCAGUGUUUAACGUGUUAGGUCUAACAGGCAUCCAACCAUAUUUAGGAUCAGAUCCUUUAGGACUUGGUUCCACUCAGUAUGAGAGAGAUGAAAUAAGUGAAGCCGUUUCAAAUGUAUUAAAAAGCCAGUCAACUUCAGUUACCAGAACUAUAUUUGGGUGUGAUAUAAGUUCUCAUGUUUUACCUCGAUUUGAAGCUUGUCGCCAAGCUGUAGAGGUCAUAGUAAUCAAUACGUUGAGAGAUGCUCUUGGUCGAAGAAGUGGUAAUACUCCAUCCACUUUACAAGCAAAUGCUACAAACGCUAGUACAUCAUCGUCCGUUAUAUCAACUUCUUCAUCAACUUCAGUCACUAGCGGAGAUGCUGCACAACUAAGGAACCUUCUACGUACACUUGGUAUGGCAGCUGGUAUAUCUGAGAUUCGAGGGCUUGUCGCAAACAGACUAGAGCCUUGGCUGACAAACCCUAAACUACAACUCUAUGGCCUCGGCUUAUUUGCAUUAGUUGCCACAAACUGCCGUUUAGGUGGUUUGUCACCACAUGAUUUGGAUUUCAUGAUUUCAAGUGUCUACCGUAUUCGUUAUAAACUAUUAAAACCAAAUAUCCAAAUGGCUUUUCUUGAAUGUGUCAGUCAUUUGGUUAAAGCAGCUCCUAUGAACCUGUAUUGUAUGGUAAAUCUAGGCUCAGCAGCUCCAGAGAUACGCUUUGUACCAAAUACAAAUGAGUCUGGUUAUUUAAACCAGAACUUAAGUUCAGUUGUCUUGAAAAUUUCUGAAACUGUUCAAGCUCUAUCCUCAGAAAGUAAUAAUCAAGCUUCACAACAUAACAAUGUGAAUUGUGCUGCAAUCGCAGCAGUAGCUGCUAAUGCAUCUAGUGCGUCAAGUAGAGGUACCAGUUCAGCAAGUGUUUUGUUACCUUUCCUUUACCAACGCUUUGGUUCACACUGGAUUCGUAUCAUCGGAGAUCUACUAAGUGAACGAUUAAUAUUGGCUUCAUUAGCCACCGCCAACCAAGCUUCUCAAAGUUCGUUGACUGAGUCACAGUUGUAUGGUGAAUUAAACCGUCGUCUUUCUCCGAUCUAUCAAUUUUUACGAGAACUAGCACGUUGUAUGCGCAAUGAUAAUGAUAGACCUGUCGGUAGUUCAAAUCUCUCAUCUCAAAAUUCUUUAUUUCAGUCACAACAAAAUUAUUUACCAUGUUCAGAGCUUGCUUUUGCAUUACUACAAGAUCGUUCAUUUCGUGGUCCAGUCACUGCUUCUACAGUAGUGAAUGAAGUAUUGGUAUCACUUACUCAACAAAGAGAUCAGUCGCAAGGAAAAUCGACUGUUGAAUUAUCGAAAACUGAUAUCUCUGUUUUUCAAUGCUAUUUACGUGGUUUAGUAAGUUUGGUGUGUGCUCUACAAAUGUUAUCAGCUAACAGACCAUUUCUUAGUAAUUCAUCCUCAUCAACAACAAGUAGUAGACGAACAAGUUCUUAUACUGAAGCUGUCAAAGUUCACCAUUUGACUUUACGUCAAAUUCGUUUAGCGUUUGUACGAUGGACGAAAUCGUUGCUGCCUAUGUUUAUCAGUGUGGUUAGCCAAAAUUGUUCAAUCCCUUUAUUGAAGUGUAUAGAGAUAAUUAAACCUGUCAAUCUCAUUCGUCAAGCGUUUGUUUUAGAUUCAUUAACUCCACUAAAUGAAUCACAAUCGGAAAGCUACUAUCAGCUCACUUCUGGAUUAUAUCCUACAGAGGAUAUAUGGCCAGACCAAGACAAUAAUUUCCUAACUCGCUUAAUAUGUGACACUGACGUAUCUGAAAAACUACUUAAUCAGUUGCUGAUUUUGGGUCUAGACACAUCAUGUCACUUUCUUACUGCUAUAGAUGCUGGAGAUAUAGUAUGUAAUCUUAUAUGGCGCGGUGCUAUGCUAUCCUGUGACUCAGGUGUAGAUGGCGUGACCAUAACUAGACCUGAACAAUUAGUUGAUCUUCUUUUUGCUAGCUGUACUUACCUAUCUGAUCAACAGAUUCCUGCUGAAAUGAGUGAAUUUGCUUAUGCCCAACUUUAUUGGAAAGUAACGUUAACUUGUGUUAUAUUAGCUGCUUAUUGUCCUCGUACUUGUGGUUCUUAUCUUUGGUCUAACUUUCCUACUGUUAGGCGUCUGAUGGAAAUUGUGAUAAGCAGUGACUUCAUCAAUCACUCAACCAAAGAAUCAAUCAGUCAUAAUCAUAAUGUUGAAUUAACAGAAAAGAUGAAUUACGAAAUAGAAGUUCAGUUGAUUCUUCGUUUAGAAUCAUGUUUACUUGCAAAUAAUAAUAAAAACACAUCAACAACUUCAAAGGCUGAAGAAAACCAUCCAUUCACAUCUGAUUCCUCUAUUGUAAUUACUCCUGAAUCUUCUCAGCUCAUUAAUAAAUUAGUUCGAAAUAACCCUCGUGGACCAUGUCGCCGUUUACCUGAAGAACAACUUCGUUACCUUCGGUUUCUUUGUCGACGUCUCCAUCUUGAGCGUCGUCUAUGGAAUAGUAGAAAUCCGGACUUCCUUCUUGAUCUAUUACAUAAUCAAGCUAAUAAUGUUGUUGCACAGCCAUGGCUGAUGCUCCUAGUUGAAUCCACUUUAGAGGAUUUAGAUGUUCUUCCUGUUCAGUGUUUAUGUGAAUAUCUACUGUAUGAUGCUAUAACACAUGCGCAAGCCAGUAAAACUGAUCGUUUACAUAUUUCACGAACUAUUGGGCAAUCUAUAAAUAUCGAUAUAUUCUAUAAUUUGUGUGCUGUUAAACCAGAAAAAUUAAAUCUGAGUGUUACAAACAAACUUGUUUGUAAUUUGAUAACUAAAUUACAAGAAACAUUAAAAUCGGACUCAUUUAAUAUCUCAGUUUCUGAUGCAUUUACUCAUUCAUUCUUCAGUCGGCUGGGUGAUUCACGAAGUGUAGUAAGACAGGCUGCUCGUCAAUGUAUUUGCUCACUUGUGCCUGAGACCGUAGGCGUUUCUUCAAGUCUGCAGCUCACUGAUACCACUUGUAGAUGGCUGUACAUUCUCAAACACCUCGAUCAACUACCGGUUUUAAACACAAGUGAUAGAUCUUCAUCUAAAUCUUAUACAUUGAAAGAAUCAACUCAUCAACUGGCUGGCCCUGUAUUAUCAUCAUUUCAGGUGGAAAAUGAUCUGGAUAUUUUAACUGCUAAUUUAAUAUUUUUAAGUCAGUUAAUUCACUCACCAAAUUUUACAUUUUGGCAACCAUUGGUAACUGCAUUAAGUCAGUUUGUUUUAACGCGAUCGACAACUUUAUCAAGCUUACUACAUAGAAAUGCUCUUCAUUGUCAUGGUUCUUCUAAUUUACUUGACAAAACUGCAUAUUCAGCUUUGGAAGCUAUGGCAGAGAUAUUUACAUGUUACGUAAAUCAUUGUUGUACAGUUACUGAGGCUAUUCCAAUCACGGAAAAAAGGAGCGUAUUUGUCUCUUGGUCUCCAGAUUGUCAGUAUCCGUUUGACAUUGAAUUUAUUCAGUCACAAAUUGUGUUACUAACUCAUUUAAAUGUUGAUCUACCUGAAACAAGUUCAGUUUCUGAUGAAUCCAGUUGGUGGGUUCGGCUGCGCAAUACUUGGUUUCUAACUAAUAGUGAUAGUAAUAAUACUAACUGUAAUAAUCUGUCAUAUCGUAUGCCGGAAUUAUCUCCAUUCUCCUGUUCAGAAAAUGUAAUUGAUGGCUUCAGUAAACAAGCCGAACAGGAAAUUUGGUUUACGACUCCCUCAUGUGAUUCAAUACCACAAAUUAAAUUCUCUAUCGGUUUACGAAGUAGGUUAAUACUAACCAAUCAAAUUCCGCUUAUUUUUGGAGCUUUUUUAAACAUCACGUCUGCAGAGCUAACUGAGUUGAUAAAAUGUAUAUCUGAAUUUGUUUUAAACGAGAAUACUAUCAAGGUGCUCUCUGAAGAAAUCGGGUUUAUCUCAUCAGACCUUCUUGAUAAAGGUAUACACAACAAAUUCAAGGGAAUCUCUAACGCAUUAUGUGAUACUAAGUAUACAUUUAUGAUGGAUGUUGAUUCUCCUGAAGAAUUAUUAGUCACAAUACCUUCAGUUAACAGAAAUAAGAUCGAUAUAUGUAUCAAUGUUCCAAGAAAAGAGAGUAUUACCGAGACAAAAGUGGUAGAAGAAAAAAAACUAGGUUCAAAUAAGAUUGACAAUUCAAUCCAUCCUAGAACUCCAGAUAUGGAUGCGUUUGAAACUUAUGGUCUUUAUGAAUUAGUAAAUAUAUUACCAAAUAACGUGAAAAAUUUACUAACUCAAUCAAUCACAUUACAUGAAGAUAUUCAAGAAGAUCCUAUUCUAUGCACAAUUCAUCGCUUGAUAUUUGAACAUGAUAAAUACUAUGACAAUUACAUGGGAAGUUUAAAUUUAUUCAAUUUGGGCGGGAAUCAUAAUUAUUUUCUAACUGAAUUAUUAAAUCAAGCUAAUCCAGCAUUUUUAAAUAAAUCCGUCUCUAUAUUAUUGAAAUAUAAUGAUGCUGAACGAAUUCGACCUACUAAAUCCCUUGAUUUCAUCACAGCAUUAUUCACUUUACCUCGUCUUACUUACCCUGUCCCACGCGCAGAACCACGAGAUCGUCCAGACGCUUCUGUUGCUUUAACCUCAAUACAUCGUUUGACUCAGAUAGAGGCAUGCAAACUUAUUGAGUAUGUCCUUAUGGAAGCAUAUGAGUCGGUCAGAUUUUAUGAGAGUGAACGUUUUUUGAACUGGGAUACCCUGAACAGUUUAUAUUCAAAACGUGUUCCACUACUUGAUAUUGCUGUUGUACAAUGGUCAGAAUGUUGUAUAUUGUUACUAGAAGUUAUUAGUGGAUUGAUUAACAUCUCUGAUGCUAAUGAUAAGCACGUAUUUGAUGUCCACUUGCCUAAUUCGGUGAUAAUGAACAGUAAUAUUAUUAAACGUGCAAAAUCUAAUGAAAUUUGGUCUAUUCUUGCAUUUCGGUUAAUGUUAUUCUUAUAUUUUCGACGACCCGGUAUAUCAUACUUACUUCAUUCAGACGUGACCCGACAACUGGUGUGUUAUCCAUGUCCUGUAAUAAAUAAAUCUACAAAUGCAUAUUCUUUGACUGAGAAAUUUGGACUUGCAAAUUUGAAAAACUCCAAUUUUGCUCAACCAGAAGUUGAUCGCAUUGGUCCGAUUAUCCUGGUCAGUUUAACAUCAUCCAAUAUGUCGAUUAUGAAUACUGCACAAUUAGCCUGUAAAGCUUUUAUUACUCAGCAUACAAGAACUUGUUUACGUUUAUUACCGAUUAUAUGUAGUUUAAGUGAAGGACGACUUAAUAUGACAUGGAGACAGUUCAUGAAUAAACGUUAUCAUUUAUUUUUUUCCAAUUUACUUCACAUCUUAGAAAUGUUAUCGACUAUAUCUGUUGAUUGUUCGGCAAAAAAUCUGCUUGAUGUUUACGCAGGUAAUGGUUGUUUAUCAACUGUGGAAAAUAGCGCUUUAUUCAGCAAAGAAGUGCUACCAUACAGUAAAUACGUGGAACGCCUUUUAUCGAACUUAGUUGGGGUCCUAGCGUGCUUUCGCGGACACACUCGUCAUCUUAGCGGGUUUCCAAAACGUUUGGCUAGAAUUCUUCAGUUUCAUUUUCAAUUCACCCAUUGGAGUGUGAAUGUUAACGAAACUUUUAGUCUGUUUAAAGAGGAUGAAAAUAUUAACGACAAUCUUGAUGUACUUGCUGAACAAUUUGAAGAAUUUGUCCCUAUUUCCUCGAUGUUAACUCAAAUUAAUGAAUCAUGUGGCGGAAAGUAUCGUUAUUCCUCUUCCCUUCUUUCAGUUAUUUCAAAAUGUCGUGGACAGAUAAGUAAACAAUGGAAUUUAUCUGUAAUGCAACCAUUUAUUUAUCAUCUCAGAACUUGUGUUCAUCCUCAGUUGCUCAACAACUUGCUGAAUGAAUUAGAAAUUGCUUCAAAACGAAAAGUUGUUCUUUUGUUAUAUUUCAAAAAUGAAUUAGAAUCACUUAUUGGACACUCAUGUGAAACUGUGGCUAGUCUUGCUGUAACACUUCUAUUACGGUUAUUGCACCACUUUCCUCAUUUGGCUCAUGAAACUGUUGCCAAUACAGUCAUACCUUAUCUUUGUACGCGAUCUAAUAAACCUGAUCAUUUUACCCUGCCUUUAUUAUCUAUGUUGCCGGAUGCUGUAAUGCUUGCUCCACAUUCAGCGUCUACUCUUAUGCAGUUAUGUGCAGAACAUAUUUUGUUGGGCGUACCAAAUGAGUUCACUUAUUCGGCUGUCAAUUAUUUUGAAGUUAGUAUGCGUCGCUUAACACUAGAUGGAUUUGACGGUGCAUGCAUAGAACACGCAAGCUCAGUACUGACAGCCAGUUCUUGUUUGGUUAGGACAUCAUUAUAAUCAAAAAAUUUGUAAAUAUUCUUUCUUUGUAAUAUGUGUAUAAUAUUAUUUCAAGUCAAUCAUUAUUUUUUUGACUGUAGAUUGAUUGUACAUGAUUGAUUGCGAUACAAAUUCAUAAUUGUAUAAAUUUCUUAUGUAAUUAUCCCAUUUUUCUAAAUUUUGAGUCCGUAGAAUGGUAUGUGUCUGUGCGUUAGGUGGUAAUAUAUUAAUAAAUAACCCUUACAUUUAUCAAACGAUCAGUUUUAGCUCUACGGUAAUUUUGAAUUACGAAUGAUUGAGAUUCUUUUAAAUGAAAAAUGUCUCAAACAAACUUGAGAUCGGUUGAAAAACCCUGAUAUUCAAGAAUUUCAAUUUGAAGUAGAACAACUGUGUAUAUAUACUAAGGAAAUAUGACAUUGAAACAUAACAUUGUAGGCAAAUUAAAAAUAAUAACUUCCAUUCAAACAACAAAGGUCAGCAUGGGAACAUGAGUUUGAAGGUUGUUAUCGAGUUUAUUCGUCGAUGAAAAAACUAAUAAUAAGUAACAUUUCGAUAAUCUUAGGUCACUAUAGGAUUUGUCCUACAGAUAUACUACUAGAACUGUACGCGCGAUACUUGCGAUCCCAUAGUCUAUGUGAAAGCUAUGGUCAGAACAGGGACAACUUAGCUUUAAACUUUAUCUGUUUCUAAACAUAAAAACAAUUAGAUUAGUACAAUAAUUAAAGAACUACAGUCGU